GACUUUGACCGAGUAGCGGUGUAAUUCGACACUAGUUUAUCAAUUAAAAAAAAAAAAAAACAUUAAUCCUCGUAUUUAAAUCGUUAAUGAGUUAAAAACAACUAUACAGGCUUUCUCUCACGCUAAAGGAGCACACCGUUCACCUUGUGUUCGCGUGCAGGUUACAUUGGUCAGGAGAGUUUGGGGUUUCAUGCUAAGAAGAUGGAGACCAACAUGUCACCCAAAGAGUCAUUUAUCACAGAGCUUCAACUCCUGGAGACUUAUCACUGUAUGAGAAAGUCAAAAACAAGGGCCAAGCCUCAAAACAAAGUCACAAAUACUGGAGUACUAUUUAAAAAAAUAGUAGUGACUCCACAGGGUCCUGCUUCUGCAGGCACAGGUACAACUAGCAGUGUUGUAGAUGAGCUAACCCGCAUUGUAGACAGAGUGCCUGCUGCUCAGGAUGAAGUGCAAACAGAUAGUGAUACAGAUCUUAUUCAACGGCUUGUUGAUUUAUUGAAAGAGUCUGGUGACAAGCUGAAUGAAAAGAUUCAGAGGGACAAGGAGCUUUUAGGCUAUCUCGAGAACUGUUUCUCAUACAACCUCUUUGAGACGCUAACCGCAGCCUUUAUCUGCAAAGUGGUACCGGCAAGAGAGCAGGCAGAAGAGACUACUGAGCAGAAAAGAAAAAUUGCUUGGACCUUUGAGAUGACCAGCAGGCUGAGUGCCCUAGACCUACAACCCAUGAACAGGGUCAUGGGAUUUGGAGCGCAAUAUGUGCACCAGCAUUUUACACCAUGGAUUCAACAGCACGGUGGCUGGGAAAACACAUUUAACAGUAAUGAAAAUGAUGAUAUGCUGUGAAACCUUCUUACAACCUUCAUACAACUCACAAGAAUGUUUGUCUCCUUUGUUUGGGGAAAAAAGUUAAAUAAAGCAAUGACAUUAUUGUUAAAUUAAA